CGCCGAAAGCUCUAUUGCGCCACGAAGUAUCACCUCCAGAUCCACGCCAACGGCAAAAUCAACGGCACCUUGGAGAAGAACAGCGUCUUCAGUAUUCUAGAGAUAACAGCAGUUGACGUUGGGAUUGUGGCCAUCAAAGGCUGCUUCUCUGGCAGGUACCUGGCCAUGAACAAAAGAGGCAGACUUUAUGCUUCAGAAACCUACAAUGCGGAGUGUGAGUUUGUGGAAAGGAUCCAUGAGCUGGGCUACAAUACUUAUGCAUCUCGCUUGUACCGGACAGUGCCCAAUGGAGCGAGCAGCAAGCGCAAAGCUAGUGCUGAGAGACUUUGGUAUGUCUCUAUCAAUGGCAAAGGACGACCUAGAAGAAGCUUCAAAACCCGCAGGACCCAGAAAUCUUCUCUUUUUUUGCCUCGGGUGUUGGAUAACAAAGACCAUGAUAUGGUCCGACUGUUCCAUACAAACGCUAAGUAUAGGGAGAGUCUGCUAAAACGUCCAAGUAAGAACCAGAGAAGAAGGAGAGGACACUAG